AUGUCUCAGUACGCCCCCAGCCCCGACUUCAAGAGGGCUUUGGACAGCAGUCCCGAGGCCAACACUGAAGAUGACAAGACCGAGGAGGAUGUGCCGGUGGCCAAGAACUACCUGUGGCUCGCCAUCGUCUCGUGUUUUUGCCCUGCGUACCCCGUCAACAUCGUGGCUUUGGUCUUUUCCAUCAUGUCUCUGAACAGCUACAAUGAUGGAGACUACGAAGGAGCCAGGCGGCUUGGGCGGAAUGCCAAGUGGGUGGCCAUCGCCUCCAUCAUCAUUGGCCUUCUCAUCAUCGCCAUUUCUUGUACAGUUCACUUCACAAAGAAGUAAGUUGGCUUUUUGAAUCCCUUCUGAUGUAAAAUGCCUUUAC